AUGGCGAACUCCCGGAAAACCACGACAGUCGUUGUCGUCGGAGGUGGCGGGACGAUCGGGUCCUCGACGGCCCUGCACCUCCUUCGAUCUGGAUACACACCGUCGAAUAUCACUGUUCUUGACACCUAUCAUUUCCCUUCUGCACAGUCUGCCGGAAAUGACCUCAACAAGAUCAUGGGCAUCCGGGUGCGAGACAAGGCCACUUUGCGACUGAGUCUGGAGGCGCGGGACAUGUGGAGGAAUGAUGAGCUGUUCAAGCCAUUCUUCCACAACACGGGCAGGUUGGACUGUGAGGUGUCGGAGAAAGGGAUCGCUGGCUUGCGGCGGGAAUAUCAAACUCUGAUUGACGCAGGAGUUGGGGACACACACGAAUGGCUUGACAGUGAAGACAAGAUCCUAGCCAAGGUACCACUUCUGCCCAGGGGAAAUAUCAAGGGCUGGAAUGCAAUCUAUAGCCAAGACGGAGGCUGGCUUGCUGCAGCAAAAGCAAUCAACGCAAUUGGGGAGUUUUGUCAGAAACAGGGCAUAAAUUUUGGGUUCGGAGGUGCCGGCUCCUUCAAACGUCCGCUCUUCGAUAAUGACGGUACAACGUGUAUCGGAGUCGAGACAGAGGAUGGCACAAAGUAUUACGCAGACAAGGUCGUCCUCGCUGCAGGAGCGUGGAGUCCGACAUUGGUAGACCUUGAGGAACAGUGCUGCUCAAAGGCUUGGGUGUAUGCUCACAUGCAAUUGACGCCCCAAGAAGCCGCCGAGUACAAGGGCAUCCCCGUAGUCUACCACGGCGACGUCGGUUUCUUCUUCGAACCAAACGAGCACGGCGUCAUCAAGGUCUGCGACGAGUUUCCCGGCUUCACGCGGUACAAGCAACACCAACCAUACGGCGCGGACAAGCCAAAGCCAGUAUCAGUGCCUCGUUCACAUGCCAAGCACCCCACCGACACCUAUCCCAACGCUUCCGAGACCACCAUCCGCAAGGCUAUAGCAACAUACCUGCCACGCUUCACACAGAAGGAACUCUUUAACCGGUCAAUGUGCUGGUGCACCGAUACUGCGGACUCGUCGCUGCUCAUCUGCGAGCACCCGCGGUGGAAGAACUUUAUCCUGGCGACGGGAGACAGCGGACACUCCUUCAAAUUACUGCCCAACAUCGGCAAGCACGUUGUGGAGCUCAUCGAGGGGACCUUGGCAAAGGACCUCACCGAUGCGUGGCGGUGGAGGCCCGGUUCCGGUGACGCGAGGAAGUCGACGCGUGCGGCGCCGGCCAAGGACCUGAGUGAGAUGCCCGGUUGGAAUCACGACAAAGAGGCGAAGCUGUAA